AUGGAUGAAUCUUAUCUUAAUAAUAAUCUCAUGGGUUUCCUCCAGAGAACCUCUGUUACAGAGACAUUGGUCGACAUCUUGCUAUGUGCAGUUCCGAUUUGGCUAGCCGUUAUGAUCGGGCUUUUGAUUGGUUGGUCUUGGCGUCCAAGGUGGACCGGAUUGGUUUAUCUAGGGUUCCGUUCUAAGCUCCGGUUUCUCUGGACUGCUCCUCCUGGUUUUGGUGCUCGUCGUCUUUGGCUUGCUUUCACCGCUCUCUCUGCUUUCUCAGUUUGUCGCACUCUAUGGUCGAGGCUCGGUACGACUACCAAGAAAUCGGCGACUAGUACUGGUUCAGCUCCGAUCGAUGAGAUUCCUCCGAUUGGUGAAACAGAAGCUUUUUCAAGAGAGAAGAAGCUGGAUAUUGUGACAGAGAAGGAUUUAGAGCAUUUGUUGCAUUUGCUUGAAGUUGGAAAUGCAAAUAUGGAAUGGCAAUCUAUGAUGGAUAAGUCUACUCCGAAUAUGAGUUACCAAGCUUGGCGACAUGAGCCUGAGGCAGGUCCUGUUGUUUAUCGUAGUCGAACUGUUUUUGAGGAUGCAACUCCAGAGAUUGUUAGGGAUUUCUUCUGGGACGAUGAAUUUCGGCCUAAAUGGGAUCCUAUGCUUGCUUAUUUCAAAACUUUGGAGGAAGAUCCUCAGACAGGAACAACGAUUGUUCAUUGGAUAAAAAAGUUCCCCUUUUUCUGUAGUGACCGGGAAUACAUCAUUGGUAGGAGAAUAUGGGAAUCUGGAAAGAAAUAUUAUGCUGUGACAAAGGGAGUUCCGUAUCCAGCUCUACCAAAGCGUGAUAAACCGAGGCGUGUUGAGCUUUAUUUCUCAAGUUGGAUUAUCAAAGCGGUUGAAUCUCGAAAAGGGGAUGGACAGUUAUCAGCUUGUGAAGUCUCUCUUGUCCACUACGAAGACAUGGGAAUCCCAAAAGACGUAGCAAAGUUAGGAGUCCGCCAUGGCAUGUGGGGAGCCGUCAAAAAGCUUAACUCCGGCUUAAGGGCAUACCGAACCGCUAGAAAACCAGGGUCAGCUCUAUCACGGAGUGCUCAAAUGGCGGCAAUCACCACAAAACUGAACAUGGAUUUGGUGGAAACAUCGAGAGUAGAGCAAGAAGAGAGAGGACGAGCCAUGGAGAACAACGCAAGAAGACAAAAGGAGCAGUUCAGUGUAGAUUGGAAAUGGAUCGUUGUAGGAGGAGUGGCUUUGGCUUGCGGGCUUCAUUCAAGUGCUAUUGGCAAGGCGUUAAUGGUUGGAGCUGGGCAGAGACUUGCUCGUAGGUGA